CUUAUCUCUUGGCUAUGUCUUCCACUGUUUCUCCUCUUCCUUACAGUGACACACACAAAACAUUAAUGGAAACGUUUCAGCAUUUCUCCCAUAACUGCCCCUCAAGCUUAACAGAAGCCAAAGAUGCGGAAGAAGGAAGUUGUAGCUUGUGCGAGAGACAAACCUUGAUCCAUUACACUUGUCACUCCUGUAAGUUAGAUCUAUGUAAGCUUUGUUCUAAGUUGACUCCCGAGCUGCGACACAAGCUGCACCCAAAACAUACCCUCGAGUUCCAUCCUCGUCAGCCUGGUCAAAAGCCGGGCUGUUUCAUUUGCUGUGGAUGUGGGUCUGUCUCUUCUGGAUCUUACUAUGAAUGUAAAAUCUGUCAAAUCAAGAUCGAUCUUGAGUGUGUGUCCAAGGAUUUAACUAAUCUUUGGGAUGCAAAUGUAACUUACCAUUAUAGUCACAGGCAUGUCCUAGCUCGUUGUUGGCCUCGUGGGUCCAAUGGUAGCGGCUCUUGCUUCAUAUGCGAGCGUCCGUAUUCGGAGACAAAUCAGUGCUACGGCUGUGUCUACUGUCUUUGCUUUGCACAUGCACAAUGUCUUGAUCUUCCAAGUGAGAUUCAACAUCCAGUGCACGCGGAACACCCUCUCAAACGCCUCAACUAUAUGCAACACAGAGAGCGCAAGACUCAGUGCAACGCAUGUCAAGAACUGAUCUCUGGUGUCCCUUUUGGCUGUCUGAGGUGUAAUUUCUACCUUCACAUGGGAUGCGCUGAUUCUUUGUUACGAUCUUGUAAGUUCGAGACUCAUGACCAUGAGUUGGUCUACGUGCAGCGUAAUGCUGCACGAGCCAUCACCACGGAGAAACCAUGUAAUAUAUGCCAUGAGCCUCAAAAGAUAUGGAAGAAUUGUUACUACUGGUGCAUCGAAUGCAAUUCUAACUUCCAUUUCGAGUGUCUCAAGAUACCCGAUUUUGUCUUCCGUAAGUCAUGUCACACGCAUCCCGUUCAGUACAAAUUGUUCACAACAGAGGGAUACGAGUAUUGUGAUGUCUGUGAGACCAUUAUAAACGUUGGGAGCUAUGCUUAUUCUUGUGAUUGUUGUUUCCAGGCACACAUCGAAUGCAUUCUCCCCAAGGAAAAACCAACUAUAAAAUAUUUGAAGGAUAUUUACAUCGGUAGUGAGGACGCAACAACAUCAACAGGAGUGAAAUCUAGUGAACACAAACUUAUGAUUGAUGAUAUAAAACAUACUCAUCUCUUAACAUCCUGCGACUUGAGUGGUAAUCCUCAUGCCACAACUUGCACUAUUUGCAAGCAAGGAGGACUUGGACAAGCAUAUAAAUGCGAGAAAUGUGAAUUUGUAGCUCAUGACGAAUGUGCAGAAGUAGCACAACGUUUAAAGAGUCGGUUUCACAAGAAUCACCCUUUGACUCUCCUACCACAACCUCCUUUGGAAGAGAUGAAAUGUGAUCUCUGCACGAAAAAAAUUUGUGGGUUCAAUCUCUUCUGCCGAACCUGCGAUUAUGUUAUUCAUAUGGAAUGCCUCACGCGGGACACACGGCCAGAGCCCAAAUAUAUAAACUGGGAAGGAAAAUGUAUGCAGGGACAUAACUUGGUUGAGUUUCUUGGUACAGUAUCAAAGCAAAACCUUUGCAGUGUCUGCGGCGAGGAGCUUUAUGGGAAAUCACCGUCAUGCUUAACAUGUGAAGAGACAUAUCAUAUAGAGUGUCUUGAAGUUGAAGGAAAAGUGGAUCACCCGCUUCAUUAUCAUUCUCUUCAUAUCCAUAGGAAUGUUACACCAGGAUCUCGCUGUCUUAGCUGCGGAGAAAACAUCAAUUCUUACAGCUACAAGUGCAAUGAAUGCAAGGAUGUCUAUUUCCAUGUGAACUGUACAAAAUCAGUGGAAGCAUCGUUGAAGCUUACCGACAUUCACGAGCACAAUCUUCAUCAUUUCAUGGCUUCAUUUGAGGAUAAUACAAAGAUGAGGGAUAGUGAUGUUAUAGCAUGCAGUGGUUGUGGUAAAGCAUGCACUAAAUACUUCUAUGGUUGCGUCAAGUGCAAGUUUUACCGCCAUGGGGAGUGCCUUGGGUUACCAAACUCUGUCAGGCACAGAGUACACGAGCACGCUUUGACUAUACUGUACAUGUUGGUGUCAGAAGCGGUUAACCACUACUGUGAGAUCUGUCUUAAGGCUGUUGAUCCUGGGCAUCCUGGUUAUAUAUGCAAACUAUGUGGCUCUAUGAUACACCCAGAGUGCGCUUUGUGCUGGGAUAAUGACUGGAAAAAUGCAACGGAAGAGGAUCAUAAGUUGGAGGUGGUGGAGCUCAAGGCUUCAAUCCUACGUAGAUGUCACAUGAACUUCUAGUUCACAUAAUUACCAUAAUUUGCUUUGUGAUUUCGGAAUAUAAAAGACAUGUCUCCUAAGCACGACCCCAAAAGCUCCAUUUAUCACUUCCUCCUACAGGAGAGGACUUAUUUCUCACAACGUGUGAACCAGGACUUAUUUCUUGGUCUCUCUCUCUUCUUUUUUAAUUUUGUUUUAUUUAAAUUUACUAAGUUAUUAUCCGCCGCUACUUAUUUGUAUCAGUUUAUUUAAUAAUUGCAUUGACUUUAAUCAAUGUAUCUUUGAAGUCUUUAUUUUUAUCAUUUUGAUGAAUUUAUUAGUUAU